UUUUCCUCACGGGAGGAAAAGCAAAUACGGUACUAAAACGCUACCCAAGAGCUAAUGGACUUUUUGAAGAAAUAAGACAGGGAAAUAUUGAGCGUGAAUGCAAAGAAGAAUUCUGCACAUUUGAAGAAGCAAGAGAAGCUUUUGAAAAUAAUGAAAAAACUCUUCUGCGGAAAGCUUGA